GUGCAUUUGUUGAUAAGCGUGGAAAAGCAAAAGCGGCUGCAGCUGUUCUGCUUAUGUCAUUCUAGGAAGGAGGUUCAACUUUCUUUGAAGCAACCAUGAGGCUUAUCUAUGUUCUGAUAAGCGUUUUGUUUACUGUUGCGUCCUGCAGUAAUGUCAAAAACGCAAGUGUCACCUAUGAUGAAAAAUCCGGAAGGUUUACCAUUCAUGACACCAUUGUUGACAAAGCUGUCGCUUAUGCAAGCUUCAAAGAUGAAAUAUUUGUUAAUGGAUGGUCAUUUCUUGAAGUUAAUAGCAAUGGAAAGUAUGCGGACAGUCUUCAAUCGUAUGCUGCUGGUGUAGUUGAAGGAUAUUUGACGUCCAGUUUACUGACCAAGCAUUGGAGUAAUAUUGCUGCAGAUUAUUGCGAUGCUGAACUGGAUUAUUGCGAACGUCUGAAAGACUUCCUGCAGGAAAAUUUAGAUUUCAUCAAUAGUAAUAUUGAAAAUAGAAGGCAACAUGAUAUCUAUUGGCAUCAAAUUGCUCUUACACUAGAGCAGCUGCAUGGCUUGGAAGAUGGAAUAAGAAAUCAGACAAGCAAACCUUCAACUGAUGUUAACGUAAUGGGACUUAUGUUUUUGAAUAUAAUGGGAGAUUUGGAGGACUUGGAGGUUGUUUUGAAUAAAAGUGCUCAAAAAGUUUUCGGCUAUGGCUCUUGCUCUGGUCUAGUUAAAGUUUUGCCAGGAAAUAAAGACAUUUAUUUUGCACAAGAUACGUGGUCCCCAUUCAACACCAUGCUUCGAAUUUUGAAAAAGUACAGCUUUAAAUUUCAUACCUCGAUGCAAGAAGGUGCUCCUAUUAUACCUGGUCACACUGUUACCUUUUCAUCUCAGCCUGGUGUGAUUUAUUCAGGAGAUGACUUCUAUUUGAUUUCAUCUGGUUUGGCAGCAAUUGAAACCACUAUAGGAAAUGGCAAUUCAAGUCUAUGGAAAUUUGUAACUCCGAAAGGAACCAUAUUGGACUAUCAAAGAAACAUUGUUGCUAACAGAUUAGCAGUAACUGGAGCACAGUGGACAGAAUUAUUUGGAAUUAUGAAUAGUGGCACUUACAAUAACCAGUGGAUAGUAUUAGAUUAUAAAAAAUUCUUGCCAGGACAACCACUUCAAGAUGGGCUCUUAUGGGUGCUUGAACAACUGCCUGGUUACUUGCAUAGUGCUGAUGUGACUGACUUACUGAGGCAACAGACUUACUUUCCUUCGUAUAACGUUCCAUAUUUUGAAGAUGUUUUCAACUUAAGUGGAGGCCAAGCCAAUGCACAAAAAUUUGGAGAUUGGUUUACUUAUGAUAUGAACCCACGGGCUCAGAUAUUCAGGAGAGAUCACAAGAAAGUUACUGAUUUACAAUCAAUGAUGAAACUCAUGAGGUAUAAUGACUACACACAUGAUCCACUUUCUCGAUGCAACUGCACGCCUCCAUAUAGUGCAGAAAAUGCAAUUUCUGCACGUUCAGAUCUCAAUCCUGCUAAUGGAACGUAUCCGUUUGGAGCUCUGGGCCAUCGUCAACAUGGAGGAACUGAUAUGAAGUUAACUUCGUCUCAGUUGUUCAAAAAUUUGCAAUUUGUGGCAAUUGGAGGUCCAACCUAUGAUCCUCUUCCACCUUUCCAGUGGAGUAAAUCCGACUUUGAUAAACUUGUGAAACAUGAAGGACAUCCCGAUCUGUGGAAAUUUGAACCAGUGAUUCAUAAAUGGCUUUGAAAUUUUUUAAUCAAAAUUUAGGUUGUAUGUUUACAAUUUUUUAUAAUUGUUUCUAUUCGAAUGAUGUCGGGUUUUAGGCAGCUAUGAGGUUGUAUUCAACUUAUCUACUUAAUAUGAACUGUUUGACAUGUUGACAUUUUUUGUUUAGUAUAGGGUUUUUGGUGAAUGAUUUGAAUACAUUAAAUAUACCCUUUGUACAGUGUAUUAUUACAUACUGUAUUCAUGGAUAAGUUAUGUUUUUGCUUAACUUGUGCUGCUUUUACUUUCGAUUCACAAUGAUUUUAAAAAUAAAUUAUUA